AUGAAAGUAUUUGGUUUAUGGUACUGGCUGCUGCUGCUUCUUAGCGCCAACGUAAUCGCAUCUAAAGUGGGUGAGUUGGUAGACAAAGAUGAUGAGGUGAUUACUCAAAAGGUGUUUUUCGAUAUCGAGCAUGGUGAAGAAAAGGUUGGCAAAAUCGUAAUUGGAUUAUACGGGAAAAUCUGUCCCAAGACCGUCAAGAACUUUUACAAGCUGAGCACCACUACGGACUCAAAGAAGGGGUUCGUCGAGUCCACUUUCCACAGAGUAAUCCCCAACUUUAUGAUCCAGGGAGGCGACUUCACACACGGCACAGGUGUGGGAGGCAAGUCCAUCUACGGAGACACGUUUCCCGACGAGAACUUCACCUUGAAGCACGAUCGUAAGGGCAGGCUGUCGAUGGCCAACCGGGGUAAGGACACCAACGGGUCACAGUUCUUCAUCACUACCGUGGACGAGGCAUCGUGGCUUGACGGCAAACAUGUGGUUUUCGGCCAAGUGGUGGACGGUAUGGACGUAGUCAAUUACAUCCAGCACGUUGCCAGGGACUCCAAUGACAAGCCCUUGGACCCAGUCAAGAUUGCAGACUGUGGUGAAUGGACCCUCAAACCCUCUUCGUAA